UUUUACACUUUUGCAACACUGAAAAUACUAUUUGUUACUUAAUAUUGUUGUUGCUUUCUGUGUUAAAGCUUUACAUAAAAACAAUUAUUUUAUUUAAAAUAAAUUCAUUUAAAGACUUGAUUCCUAUAACAGUACCAGCAUUAUGGGAGAAAGAUACAACAUUCACAGUCAAUUAGAACAUUUACAGAGUAAAUAUAUCGGUACCGGUCAUGCCGACACAACAAAAUACGAAUGGCUCACGAAUCAACACAGAGAUUCCUGCUGCAGUUAUAUGGGUCAUCCUGAUCUGCUAAGCUACUUCGCGGUUGUAGAAAAUGAAUCUAAAGCACGUGUUAAGUUCAAUUUAAUGGAGAGGAUGUUGCAACCGUGUGGACCACCGCCAGAAAAACCAGAAGAUUAAACAUUUUUAGGUUAUAUGAAAUGUUACUUUAGACUACUUAUUUUUUAAGUAAUUCUUCGUGUGAUUUAUAAUAAAGUAAGUGAGAAAUUA